AUGCUCGCUCCUGCCCGAGUGUCAUUCCUGGUCACCGUCGUCUUGGAGGACUUGACAAACCUGCCCUAUGUCAGCGGGCUUUAUUUCGCAAAGUGGAAGCUCAAGGGCACUCGGACGGUCAAAGGGCGGACGCAAAAGGCCACUGUCAGAGAAAACACAGUUGUCUGGAAUGCCUCAUUCCAGCUGGAAGCCACCAUCUAUGUCGGAAAGGACGGCGUGUUGCAGCCCUGCGACUUGAUUCUAUCCAUCAACCAGGAAGUCAACGGCGACAAGAGCGAGGAAAUCGGCGUCGUCUAUGUCAAUCUUGCCGAAUAUGCCGGAGCCGCCGUAACAACUCGCAAGUAUCUCCUGCAAGAGUCGCGGGUAAACUCCAUAGCCAAGAUCUCGGUAUCAAUGCAACUGAUCAAGGGCGACCCCACAUAUCGGAUUCCCGAGGCUGCCCCCGAUGGCAUCUCCGGGGACGUCUUUGGGAGUAUCUUUUCGAUCGACUCGCCUUCGCUUCCGGGCACACAGGACAUUGAUACCAGCCUGGAUCGGAUCCGGAAGCCGCAGGGCACCGACGAAACCACAAACUUUGUUGACGAGCUCUUCCGGACAGCCAAAUCCCGGGACUGACCGAGAACGGGAGCGAUCGGCGAGCAACAUGUGUGCUGAUGCGUCAUCAGUCUCCCCAGUGAUGUCGGACUCUAUUGGAUCUGUUGCCCUUAUCCCUACUCCCUCUGCUCCAACUGCUCUCCCUGAGUAUCUUUUCGAUUGGACCGAAGCACCCCGCUCGAUAGCGAGGCGGUCUGGUGCCCGGGAGCAAGGUGCGCACAUUGGCGCACUCCAGGAAACAACCCAACUUGCUGGAUCUCGACACAGUCGCUCUGUUUAUCGGUGGGGCUGGUCCAGCUUCAUGCCGGUCGACUCACCAAAUAUUGCUAGUAUAGCGGGUUUCUGUGACCGAAUCACCGAGGAAUACAUCUGCCUCCACAAUCUGUACCACUGCAACACUCGUCCCCUCAGAGCGGCCCUUCAUAUGUGAUUCUUGG